CCCCAACUGACCAUCCGAAGCGUGAAAAACUAAGCUGAAAAAAUGAGAAUAGUCUUCAUAGCACUCAUAUCUCUGGCAAUAUGCCACAGCUCAGCACAGAGUGUACCACCGCCGGCAGCCACCCCAACCCCGGCGGCACCACCCAAUACUACCCAAGAGUAUUUAGACGUGCACAACCAAGCAAGGGCUGAAGUGGGUGUUGCCCCUCUCAAGUGGAGCCAGAACCUAGCCAAUGCCACAAGCCUACUCGUUCGAUACCAAAGAAAUCAACAAAAUUGCAGUUUCGCAAACUUAACGAGCGGUAAGUACGGUGGGAAUCAAUUAUGGGCGAGUGGGAUGGCCGUGCCGCCUCGCACGGCGGUGGAGGCUUGGGUGGCGGAGAAGAAGUUCUACAACUACGCCAACAAUUCAUGUGAAACGGGCCACCAAUGCGGUGUCUAUACACAAGUGGUGUGGAGGAAGUCAUUGGAGCUGGGGUGUGCGCAAGCUACAUGUGCCAAAGAUGUUGCUAGUUUGACCAUAUGCUUCUACAAUCCGCCUGGUAAUGUUGUAGGAGAGAAGCCCUAUUAGAUUAUCAGGUUUGGUUUUACAUCAAACAUAUGGUGUGCGAGUGAAUCGUUUUGUAAUACAUUGACUUAUGUUAGUUGUCCUUCUUUUGGUUUUGUGGCUUUGGUUGGUAGGGUUUCUAUUAGUGUUUGUUGAG